GUAACAGAUUACCUCGAGAAGAUUGACCCCACCAUGUCUACUUGUUAUAUCGAGUAUCUAAUCGAUGAGAAAGGCGGAGAGAGUCCCGUAUUCCAUGAUUGGCUGGCAGAGCUCUAUCUGAACAUGACGCUGACUGUUCUCACCAAAUUUCCGUUAGCCAAUGGGUCGGACGUUUACUCGAAGCUCCUUCGUUUCAUUGAUCGCUUGCAUGGUUUACUGUUGAAGAGCCAGUUCCAGACUGAUACUCGCAUGAAUAUUGAGCUUAUACCCUGCAGAUCUUUACCAAGCGCGAGCUGUGUUGUCGGGCUUCACACUCUUCUCGAGCUCUACCUCCGCCCCACCGGUGAAACAGCACCGAACUCGUUGCGCCCCGCCCUAGACUUGAUCAGUCGACACUGUCCUCGCUUAGACUCCCUUGAAACUCUUCAACUUCUCCCUCCCCUUGUCACCGCUCUCGACGUACGCCCAUUCCUUCAAGAAGCUUUAAUAUGA